AUGAACAGGAGGAGACUGCAGAGUUGUCGCCUCAUCCUUCUCACCUCUCUCUUCUGGUUCAUGGUCUACGUCUUUCUAAUUAUGUACUUCCUCGAUUGUGGUGCUAGGCAACCUUGCGGGCAUGAUCCGGUUGUGUUCAAGGUGCAGAGCUACGGCGAGAUGGGCAGUGCGGUGGUCAUUCCGAGAGAGAGGGAGGCCGAAGCGAACGAGAUGUUCAAGAUCAAUCAGUUCAACCUGCUGGCCAGCAAUCUCAUGUCCAUCAAUCGGUCACUGCCUGAUUAUCGAUCCAGCAGUUGUCAGUCAAAGUCCUAUGCGUCGAACCUGCCCGACUCGAGCAUUGUGAUCGUCUUCCACAACGAGGCCUGGUCGACCCUGCUGAGGACACUGUGGAGCAUCAUCAACAGGUCACCACUGCACCUCCUCCGCGAGGUCAUCCUCGUCGAUGAUGCCAGCGAACGAGAUUUCUUGAAAGAGACAUUGGACAAGUACGUGGCCACUCUACCGGUCAACACGUUCGUCCUCCACCUCCAGAACAGGAGUGGUCUCAUUAGAGCGAGACUCAAAGGAGCAGAGGUGGCUAAAGGGCAAGUGAUCAUCUUCUUGGAUGCCCACAUCGAGUGCACGGAAGGGUGGAUCGAACCUUUAUUGCAUGAGAUCAAGAUCAACAGGAAGACCAUAGCAUGUCCCAUCAUUGAUGUGAUCAGUGACAAGAACUUCGAGUACAAGACAGGAUCUGACGUCAUCUGGGGUGGAUUCAACUGGAGACUCAACUUCAGAUGGUACAAAGUUUCGAAGGAAGAAAUGGUGAGAAGGAAUGGCGAUAACACAGUGCCACUCAGAACCCCCACAAUGGCUGGUGGACUGUUCGCCAUCGAUAGGAAUUAUUUCUACGAGAUUGGUGCGUACGAUCCGGGGAUGAUCAUCUGGGGAGGGGAGAACGUUGAAAUGUCUUUCAGGGUGUGGAUGUGUGGCGGGCAAGUGUUGAUAGUGACCUGCUCACGAGUGGGCCACGUCUUCAGGGAGACUUCCCCCUACUCCUGGCCCGGUGGGGUCGUCCACAUUCUCGACAACAACUUCCUCAGGACUGUCGAGGUCUGGAUGGAUGAGUACAAGGAGUUUUUCUACAAGGCAAAUCCCGGUUUGUUUGUUGCUUCGUCGUCGUACGGAGAUAUAUCCGAGAGAUUGAAACUGAAGAAGAAGUUGAACUGCAAGCCGUUCAAGUGGUACCUGAAACAUAUCUACCCGAACUCCAACAUACCUCUCGUCUUCUACUCCCUCGGAUCUAUACAUAAUCCAAUAAGUCAGGGGUGUCUGGACACCCUGGGUCACCAGCAAAAUGAACAAGUUGGGUUGGCUCUGUGUCAUAAGGGGGGAGGCAAUCAGGCCUUCUCGUACACUGCCGAGAAGCACAUCCGCAUCGAUGAACUCUGCCUCGAUAGUGUCGACCACUCGAAGGUCAUCCUCACCCAGUGCAACUCGCGCCCCUCACAGAAGUGGUACUACGAGAAGAAGUUGAAGACAUUUCGCCACACAAAGUCCAACAUGUGCCUUGAGGCGCCCAGAGGCGUGACCUUCGACAAGAUGAACUACGUUGCGUUAGCCAUCACGUGCAAUGGCAAUCCCCAUCAGAGGUGGGUCCUCGAAGAUUUCAACGAGACAAACUACAACGUGUGAUCUUCACCAUCAUCAUCAUUCACUUCAUCAUCCUCUUCAUCAUCAUCAUCUUCUUCAUCCUCCUCAUUAUCGUCAUCAUCAAGAUGAAACCACACUCACCACUGCUCCUUCAUCACGAAAUCAUCCGUCGUCCAUCGGCACCUGGCAAUGCAACAUACAAGCUUACAAAUUAUUUUAUUAUUGUUUAUGCAAAUUUUACCUUUUCUGUGUAUAUGUGUUGUGUGUGUUUGUUUGUGUGUGUGUGUGUACAUCAGCAUGUAUAUCAUAUGUGUGCGUGUGAAUAGUCGGUAUGCAUAUGCAUAAAUAAGAAGAACGUGGGAUUGUUAACUAAAUUUCA